CUUUUCUCUUCUUCCCCUCUUCCUCUUCUUCAACCUCCUUCCUCUUGGGCUGUGAUCAUAUACCCCUAGAACAUCCACCAACCCUCUUCCUUCGCCAAGCAAAACACCUAUCCCGCUCUCAAAAUGGGCUCCGAAACCCCCACCAACGCCCUCUGGACCACCCAGUCCGGUAAGUAGACCCCUCGCAAACAUCACCACGCUCCAAACAAACUCACCUAAUUAAACUCCAACCAAGUCCUCGCAACCCUGCCCCACCCGCCCGAAGAGAACGCCAGCACGCCCAUCCCGUUCUUCCACCUCCUGGAGCGGCUGAAGACGACCAAGCGCGAGGGCUGGCGCCGGUUCGGGAUUAACGCGGGCGAAUCCAUCUCGGACCACAUGUACCGGAUGUCGAUCAUGACGAUGCUAGCGCCGGCGGCGCUGGCGCCGCGGCUGAACCUGGCGCACUGCAUGAAGAUGGCGCUGAUCCACGACAUGGCCGAGUCGCUGGUGGGGGACAUCACGCCGGUGGACAAGGUCGACAAGACGGAGAAGGCGCGGCGCGAGGCGGCCGUGAUGGACUACAUCGCCGGCACGCUGCUGGCCGGGGUGCCGGGCACCGGCGCGUCGACGGGGCAGGAGAUCCUGGCCGUGUUCCACGAGUACGAGGCCAACGAGACGCUGGAGGCGCAGUUCGUGCACGACGUCGACAAGAUGGAGCUGCUGCUGCAGAUGGUCGAGUACGAGCGCGCCAGCGGCGUGGACCUGACGGAGUUCUGCCAUGUGGCCGGCCGGAUCCAGUUGCCCGAGGUGAAGGAGUGGGCGGCGACGGUGAUGCAGGAGCGGGAGGCGUUCUGGGCUGGGAAGCAGGCGGCCGCUGCUGCUAACGGGUCGUCGUCGUCGGCGUGAGAGCGGAAUGAUGGGGCAAUGACAUAUCUCCGGCGUUGUUGUUUUUGGGAGGGGCGUUUGAUUAGGAAACCCACGAUCACGAUGGGGAAACAUGAGAUUCGGACAUAGAGAUUCGUUGAACCUACGGUUAUAGACUAGCAUGAAUCAAUCAUAGCGCUCU